AGUCCUUUGAUGACGGAUGAGAUCUUCUUCAGUGUAGAAUUUUCGCAUCACAGGUCCCUUGUGCCAGACUCAAUUCAAAGCCUUUUAAAGUCUGUGAAGUUGUGACAGGUCCUGCUGAUGCUGAAGAGGCUUCUUUAUCCGACAGUUAAAGAUCUGCUCAACUGUGCUCCUAUGAGACAGUUUGUGUCCAGGGAUCGUUUACUGGAGACACAGACAUGGAUGGAGCCAACUUUUCUCAAGACUCCACUGACUCAGAUGCAAUGGAAACAACCUUUCCACAGUCCAUAAUAGAGACAGCCACAAGUAGUCAGAGUAAUCUGGACAACAGCAACAAUAUUGUCAUCAUAAUGCACGAUUCCACUGGGGAAACCAGUACAGCUAAUAGUGCUAGCAUUACGAGUGGCAGGACCAGUGGUCAGCUGCUGACUGGACAGACAGCACAUGUUGGGGUACUGGUUGCCCAUGAUCAGCAACAAGCAUCGGAGGGAGCAUUGAAGGCAUGUCAUGUGUGUGGUGAUCACGCCUCUGGAUAUCACUACUCUGUCUUCUCCUGUGAGGGCUGCAAGGGGUUCUUUAAACGUACAGUACAGAAGAACCUUAUCUACUCCUGUAAGGAUAUGGGCAACUGUGUCAUCAACAAAUUCACACGCAACUCAUGUCAGCACUGCCGCUUCAACAAGUGCUUGGUCAUGGGCAUGAAAAAAGAAGCUGUUAGGGAAGAUCGUUCACCAGGAGGUAAACAUCGCCACAAACGUCAAAGACUAGAUGAAGUUGCAUCUGUGACAGCCGGCACCAUUCCCACAAUGCUAGAGACGCCACUGGAAGUUCCUGAGUUUCAUGACCCACUGGUAGAUCGUCUAGUGGCAGCCAGACCAGACCGCAUCCCCAAGGCUGAGCAUGGACUUACUGGUUGCAUUCUCUCUGCUACUGAGCUGAUGCAGUAUGGGUAUGUGGAACUUAAGUACAUUGUGCAGUGGGCCAAGAAUGUACCAGGAUUUCAAGAUCUGUGUUUGGUGGACCAGAUGGCACUGCUAAAGUCAUCCUUCAUGGAAUUGAACGUGUUCCGUGUGGCAUACAGGUCCAUGGGGCUCGACAACAUGAUCAAGUUUGCAGAGCAGGUUGUUAUGUCCCUGGAAGAGACCCAGACUAUGGGAUGGGGCAAGGAACUUGUCAACGCGACUGUGGAUUUUGCUGUGCGACUGAGUGAGCUUAGUCUAGACUUGACAGAGUUCUGCAUCCUGAACGCUAUCAUCUUGACAUACCCAGAUGCCGCUGGGAUUCAAGACAAGAUGCAAGUUAUGAGCCUGCAGGUGCGUGUCUUGGACUCCCUGCGCCGUUACAUGGCCUACCGCUUUCCAGGAGACAACCGUCGUUUUGGCAAGGUGCUACUUCGUUUGCCAGCUCUUCGUACUGUCAGUGCCAAGGCAGCGGAGCGCUUUUUAUCUCUGACUCUUGAUGGGUCUGUGCAGCUUAAUGAACUGGUUCUGGAAAUGAUUAACUAAGCUAGAGACUGAUCCAGGGGUUAGUUAAGCUAGAGAUCACUAGAAAAAGCACAAAUCAAGAUGAUUGACUCCAUACUAAAAAAUAAAUUCUUUUUUGUAGAGUGGUGGGCCCCAUUAGUUUUCAUCAAGUGGCACGUUGUUUUGGGUCCUUCAUUUUACACCAUGAAGUAAGAGUUGCAGUAAGACACACUAUUCAUACAGGUUAAAAAAUGCGUUAUAAAUGUUGUGAACAUUUAUGUUUUGUUGUGAACAUUUAUGUUUUCAACAAGGAUGUCUGAUUUCCAGAUGUGAACAUGAGAAACUAUUUGCAAUCACUUUAAGACAAAUGGUUACGGAGUUGCAGAAUUAUUUAAGUUGGAAUUGACAAGAGGUGAAACUGAGAAGUAGGAAAAGAAUAGUCUUUCUUUGUCAAUUAAAAAAAAGUGGGUAGUGUUAAAAAAAGUCAGGACAACUAAAACUGUGAGUUGCACAUUACAGUAAAGUUUGCAUUCUUUAGAUAGGUAAAAUCCAUCACUUUCUAAUGGUGGUAUCCACAACAUAUUUUACAUAUUUACUUUUAACGUAAGUCAGUCUCAUUAAAAUGUAAAAAUUGAUCUGAAAGGUAGGUCACCAAGCAAAAAUAUCGAUGAUCUAAAGUAUUUUACAAGGUUUUUUAAACAAUAUGAAGGUAAGAAAAGCUCAGAAGAUGUUUUCUAUGUUUAGAAUACAUAAUAACAUAAAAAAAUGUAAUUUUUGUCAAAAACACUACCGUGCCCACCCCUUUAAGCAGAAUGCGCAAUGUAAAAGUGAGAGUGACGUGCAAUAGAUUGGAAGAAAGUAUCGUCUGCUGUGAGUGAGAUAGGAGUAUGAGAGCAUUAUCUGCAUCAGUUGCAUGUCUUCUUUCUUGUAAUUGAUGUUUUUCAUUAAAGAACAAUUCUAUCUGUGCCUGUAAAAUUUAUUAAAGAAGUGGAUUGGUAUGGGUAAAGGAAACAGUUUAUAUUUGAAAGAAGUUUAGUCAACAUAACCCAUUUAGCAGGAUGAGUGCAAACUUGAGGCAUUGCACAAGAACAGAAAUAUUGGUCAACAAGGUGUUUUGGUUAGGAUGCAAUGAGACACGUUUUCAUAAUGUAUCAAGAUAUUGCUAAUCACAUACAGCUGACCUCUUUUCAACAGAUGGAUGGAUGGACUUAUUUUGACAAUAUGCUUUGUGGUCCUUUUUGUAACUUCUUGAAAAUCAUAAAUGCUGACAUUCUUCUGUAUUGAAUUUCAAACAUAUAGCUCUAAAUAUUAAAACGAAAAUUUUAAUUAUAUCAAUUUAAGUUGCUCUCCUAGAAAUAAUUAUAAGGAUCAGUCUAUGUUGAUGGACUAUGAUCUCAGAAUAUACUGAUUAAAAAAAUAUCAGUUCAAAA